CGUUUGGAAUGGAAGGCAUCGCAGGUUGGAAAGAACACGACCAGAACCUCUAAACUGCGGAGUAUAAAGCAAACACACAAUCACCUGACCAAAAUGCGUUCUCUUGCAUGGCUCGUCUCCCUUCCCAUGAUGGCCGAAGCGGGUGAAGUGUUAUGGAGUGGGCGAUUCAACGCCUCCGCAACCGCCGGCGCUUGGCAGUGGUAUGUUCAUGGGAAGGCACCGACCGAUAAGUACCUCGGUCUCUCUCCUGACCACAAGAACCCGGCGGAUACCAGCGAUGCACAGGGGAUUCGAAUCACAAUUGACGGCACAUCGUUCUGGAAUGGACAAGAUAUGGCACGAUCCGAGCUCAUCCCCCAGACCAAAGCGGAUCUUGGUACCGGGCAUCUGUUCUACCACUUCUCGCUGAAGACAGAAGACACCAAUGCACCGAACCCCAGCUUCGAGCAUCAGAUCGCGUUCUUCGAGAGCCAUUUCACAGAGCUCAAGUACGGCACUGCGAGCGGCGCUUCGGGCAAAGACAACACCCUCCGCUGGUGCGUUGGUGGAGAUUCUCACUGGGAAACUCAGUUGAAAGCAGGACAUUGGUACAACUUCGCCUAUGACAUCGAUUUCGAUGCGAAAACUGUUGGAUUGUGGGCAUCAAAUGGUUCCGAUAACCUGAAGCAGGUUGUAUCGGCUGUCAAAGCAUCGACAUCGACGAACUCGGCGGAUUGGCAUAUCGGCGAGUUGCGACUCCCUAAUGGGGGUGUGAAGCCGGCUGCGGAGGAUUGGUUUUGGUCUGGCGUCUUCGUGGAGAAGGCUCCGAUCACGGCUGCUAUUGCGGGUCCUGCUUGA